CAAGCGCUUGUCGUGUGGGGUUCCUAGACGGCGCGGAAACACAGCCAAUGUCCGGAGCUUGCUGGAUUUUCUCUUACCAGCGCCGAAAAACAGGAUCGACGCGACAGCACCCAAUCCUCUACUCGAACCCGAAGCUCUGCAAAGAUGGGUGUCGGCCGGCGCAUGAAGAAACAGGGCAUGCCCGAGCCCCUUUCGGAGGAGCACUUUGCCAAUCUGAAGCGCAAGAAGGGCAUUCCCGUCGACGAUCAGCCCGCCCCCGAGGCGCGGUCGAGCAAGAAGCGCAGAACCUCCAAGAAGACGGAGCAGGUACCCAAGGCCCAGGCGAAGGCCAGUGACAAGUCCAAGCUCUCCAAGAAGCCCGCAUCAAAACCCAAUGGCUCCAAGACCGCAGUGACAGUCACCAGCAACGGCAAAACGGCCUCCAAGUCCAAGAAAGCCCCGGCGCCGGAUUCAGACGAUGAUUCAGUCGCCUCGUCGCUAGGCGAUCUAGAGGAUCUUGACGGUCUCGAGGAUAGCGAUGAGCUGAGUGGCGCCGCGCUCAGGGACGACUUCCUGGAUGGCGACGACGACGAUGACGAUUCCGUCUACGAUUCGGACCAGGACGCGCGCAAGGAGGCAUUCGUCUUCUCCGAAGACGAGGAUGAAGACUCUGACAGAGAGGAGAAGCUCACAGCCGCCAACAUUGAGGGGCUGUCGAGGAUAUUGGAUAAAGAGAGGGAGGAGGAGGAGGAAGAGAACGAGGCGGAGCUCCGCGAGGAUGCGCUGCAGACCAACAUUGUUGGAGACAAGCCGCACGUCCUCGAGGACGACGAGGAUGACGAGGUUAUGCCCAAGGCCAAGGCUCUGCUGGCGCCAGACCUUCAGAUGCUCCGCAUCAGGAUAACAGACACCGUCCGCGUGCUCGAAGACUUUACCAAGCUGGCCGAGGAGGGGCACAGCAGAGCCGAGUACAGCAACCAGCUGCUCAAGGACAUCUGCGCCUACUACGGCUACAGCGAGUACCUCGCCGAGAAGCUGAUGCAGCUCUUCCCCGCCCGCGAGGCCUUCGCCUUCUUCGAGGCCAACGAGACCCCGCGCCCUGUCGUCAUCCGCACCAACACUCUGCGCACCAGCCGCCGCGACCUGGCCCAGGCGCUCGUCAACCGCGGCGUAACGCUCGAGCCCGUCGGCAAGUGGUCCAAGGUCGGCCUGCAGAUCUUCGACGCCAACGUGCCUCUGGGUGCGACCCCUGAGUACCUGGGCGGGCAUUACAUCCUCCAGGCCGCCUCGUCGUUCCUUCCGGUCAUGGCCCUCUGCCCGCAGGAGGGCGAGCGCGUUCUCGACAUGGCCGCCGCCCCCGGUGGCAAGACGACGCACUGCGCCGCCCUCAUGAAGAACACGGGUGUCAUCAUCGCCAACGAUCCCAGCAAGUCUCGUGCAAAGGGUCUCAUCGGAAACAUCCACCGCCUGGGCGCCAAAAACGUCAUCGUCUCCAACUAUGAUGCCAGGGAGAUCCCGACCCUGAUGGGCGGCUUCGACCGCGUUCUGCUGGAUGCCCCAUGCUCCGGCACUGGUGUUAUUGCCAAGGACCCCAGCGUCAAGACGAACAAGACGGAACUCGAUUUCAUGCAGCUACCGCAUAUCCAGAAGCAACUACUGCUAGCGGCCAUUGAUUCGACAAAGAGCGGCGGCUACCUUGUCUACUCUACCUGCAGCGUCACCGUGGAAGAGAAUGAACAAGUCGUCAACUACGCACUUUCGCGUCGUCCCAACGUGGAGCUACUGGAGACCGGCCUGCCUUUUGGCAAGGAAGGAUUUACCAACUUUAUGGGAAAGAAGUUCCAUCCCAGCCUAAAACUCACCAGGCGCUACUACCCUCACACAUACAACAUGGAUGGCUUCUACGUAGCCAAGUUCAAGAAGACGGGCCCAACACCAGCCAAUGCCCGUGGCGCCGCCCACACAUCGACUGCAUCCACCGCGGCCGCCACUCCUGCUGCCGGCGGCGUCAACGGCGACGAGAUGGACAUCGACAAGACACCGGUUCAGGACGAGGAGAGCCAAGAUGACGAGUUUGGCGGGUUCGACGACGACGAGGACGAGAAGUACAUGGAGCGCGCCAAGCGCAACGCCAUGAGGCGCAGGGGUAUUGACCCACAUGCGCUCAACAAGCCGAAGAAGGAAAAGGCCGAGGAACAAGACAAGGCCGGGGAGGCGAAGGCAGAGAAGGAGACGAAGCUGCAGAAGACGGAGAAGAAGUCAAAGAAGGAAAAGAAGGAAAAGAAGGAAAAGAAGACCAAGAAGGCCGCAUAGGCGAGGGGCGCGAUUGUCUUGUAAUACAUGAAAUAUGCAUCAUCUGCUGGUUUUGCUUUGUCGUAUCUAAGACAAAGGUGGUCAGUGAUACCCCAUUGGUCUAGGCUCUAUAUGAUGAAAAGAAAGAAAGUACGAUUCCUACCGGCACAA